AACUAGUAUGAUCAGCUCAUUUAGCCCCUUGGCUAAGCUGUUACUCCCAAAGCUAUUUUUAUUUCAGCACAAGUCAAAGGCAAUAGCAUCGUGUGCAGCUGACAAACAGCUUCGGCCAUGGUCUCCUGCAGGCUGAAGUGAAGGUGGUUUUCCCUUUAAAACAUUUUUGGAACGUCGACGCUGUGAGGAGAGAAGAGGACGACGAGGGGAGGAGGGGGAGAUAACUCAGUAUGACAUACAUUCACAGGCAGGAGAGACCCAGAGACGGAUGCGCGUGUUUUCAUCAUGUAAGAUCAGACAGAGACAGCCAGACAGACGGACGGACGGACGGACUCAGUUUCCACCUUCAAACUUCAGAACAGUCUGUGCGCUUUGACUGCAAACACCUCGGGUCGAUCUACAGAGAUAUAAACACAUAAACGCAGGAGGAGAAAAUGGCUGCCGCAGACCUCAUAUACUUCACUCUGUGGAUCGCCGCGGUCGUCACCACUGCACCUGGAUGCCCCGAGCUCUGCCUCUGCUCAGAUAAAUAUGCCCGCCAUUUUGCCGAGUGCUCCUACAAAGACUUGACUGAAGUCCCAGAUGGCUUGCCUCCUAACGUUACCACUGUGAGUCUCUCGGCUAACAUGAUCACCGUGAUACUGUUGGGGAGCUUUGACAAUGUCACCCGGGUAACGUCGCUGUGGAUGGCCAACAAUAAGAUUGUCUCCAUCGAACAAGGGGCCCUCACGCCUUUGGUUCGUCUGCGUAACUUUGACAUCAGCCACAACAGAAUCAUAGACUUUCCGUGGGAGGAUCUGCAGAACCUCACAGACCUGCAGCUGUUGAAGAUGAACCACAAUGAGAUGGUCCACCUGCCGAGGGACGCCUUCUCCAACCUCAAAGACCUGAGGUCCCUGCGACUCAAUAACAACAAAUUCAUAACCAUAGCAGAAGGGACGUUUGACGGUUUGGUGUCUUUGUCCCAUUUGCAGAUCUACACAAAUCCCUUUGUGUGCUCCUGCUCCCUCGACUGGCUCAGAGACUGGAUCUCAAAUGCCACCAUCACAGUCCCGGACCAAAAUUUGAUCGUUUGUGAAUCUCCAGAGAAACUUCGGGGUCAGAUGAUCGGAAAACUGGCUGAAUCGAAGUGCACAAGCCCAAAAGUCACAAUAGAGACGGAGCCAGACUUUCAUAAUGCAUCUUUACGUGAGGGCAACGCUCUGGUCUUGACCUGUGAGUUCACAGGAAACCCGCAGCCGCUCGUCAUGUGGAGUAUUCGCAGCAAAAGCAGGAAACAAGAGCUGGCCCUCUCGUUCACUGAGGAAGACUCGGCAGAAUCUAAUGAGGUCUCCUUGCUGGCCAACAACGCCGUCAGAGUCUUUAAUAAUGGGACUCUUAUCGUUUCACACAUCAGGAGAGACGACAGUGGCAACUACAGCUGCUCGGCCACAAAUGAAUUCGGACGAGCUGAGGAUUCAGUGUCUGUGACGGUGGUGGCUUCACCAAAACCGCCACCCAAAAAACAGCUGACGACGACACCUCCUUACACUAAAACACACCCAUCUUUACACCAAACAGCAGGCAAAACAUCUGCUUUUGAUGCUGUGCGUCUCCCUGAUUUAAAGAGAAAAGACAUAAUGAAUGCCUUGCCCACUUUCCCGCCCCCUGCAGAGAUCAAUUCAAAGUCUUCCGAGGAGGUGACAAGGUAUCUGUCGCGUGCUAGUAAAUGUGGCGUGACGGCUAACACGAGAUACAUUUCUAGCAACGUCUUUAACGGGAGCCUGGACGACAUCAAGCAGUACACAUUUGACUUUGGCGUCAUUGCAUUAGGCGUGUCAGAAACGGAGGCGACAGUGCGACUCAAUCCCCUCCUCAUGCCCAGAGUCAAGAGCGCCAAGCAGGCUGCAACCACAGCUGACACAUCAGAGAGCGUCCAAGACAGUGACGAGAAUGAAGACCUCUCCGACAUUUCUGAAAGAGUCCACAUGAAUGGCUUGUAUCUGUGCGUCACUGCCGACCGAAAACACGCAGCCGUGCAGUGGUCAAGGAUCAAAGAGGGUGUCAACACGUAUCUGUUCAGCGGUUUGCGUCCUGGCACCAACUACUCCCUGUGUCUGACCUACAGAGGGGAAGACUGUGAGGUCCAGGUACUGUUCACCACCAGGAGGAGGGUGCCCAACCUCCUCAUCAUCAUCUCGGUCAGCAUCUGCCUCCUGACCGUGUCCACUGUGCCUCUCCUCGGGGCGACGUGCUUCCACCUGGUGUACAAAUACCGCAGCAAGACGUACAAGCUGAUCCUGAAGGCCAAAGACCAGUACCACAUGGAGAGGAACUUCACCGCCAACUUCAACAUCCACGCGCCCCACACCGAGUCGCAGAGGAAGAUCAACGGCAGCCAGCUGGAUGAGGAGGAGGGGGAGACGGAGAGUGCAGAUGGAGACAAAGAGGCCGAUACUGAGGAGAGUGUCAUGACUGAGUCCUUCAGUUUGUCUCAGUGCAGGGGGAACUUAGACAACUGUGAGGUAGGAUCUGAGUAUAGUGACAGGUUACCUCUUGGAGCUGAGGCAGUCAAUAUUAUAAGCAACUACAAAUAUCCCAAUCAGUAAAAAAUGGCGACUGUUUCUGACAAUACAUCAUUUGUAGGUUGCUUUCACAUUUAUUUCAAGGGUAACACAUUAUGUUUUUUCAGCCUGUGCCAAUGUUCUUUUUAGCCCUGCAAAGGCAGAGCAUAAAUAAUUCCACAGGACUCUGACAAAACUGGACUUUCCAGCUUCAGACCACACCCCAGGCUGCAUCAUUAAGUGACAGGCCACAAGCAACCUGAUUGUCAGUGGAUGUUUUCCAGACAGUUGUUUAUUAAAGGCUGAACGACAGCUGGUUUGGGCUAUGUUCCCCUUGCAAACAAUAUUUAUUUGUAGCUGGAAAUAUCACGGCUUGUUUCCUCCUUUCAAAUGGGCAAUUUUCUGUCAAUCAUUGCACUUCUAAAAGCAAAAAUGGAACCAGUUUGUGUUUCAAAGAGAGAAACUGGGUGCUCAACCAUAUCAAAGUAUAAAAAGGAGGCUUUAAAGCAUUCCGUAUCUGACUCAGCAUCAUAUUUUAUUGGGAUAUUAUUGGUGAUGUAUUUCAGCAAGAGGCCUUCCCCACAGCAUGUUUAGAUAAAUAGGCAUUUAGGGAAAUAGCUAAUCUGCUUUUUGCAGAGGGUUAACAUUACAAAACACUAAAGGAGACAUAAAAUGAGAAUUUUCAGGUUCAUAAUUGUAUUUUGGGUUGCUACCAGAAUAGGUUUACAUGCUUUAAUGCUCAAAAAACACAUCAGUUUCUCAUACUGCCCGGUGCAGCAGAUCUGUCCUCCCCCUCUAUAUGAAACACUCUGUUUUAGCACCUGUCUCUUUAAGGUUCCCCCCUUCCAAAUACCCAGUCUGCUCUGAUUGGUCAGCUCACAGACUCCCGAGUUAGCCUGUGUCUGUGGUUGUCUCUGUCCUGUUUCCAGCCUCCAGUUAGCAUCACUUCUACAGUGAAUUUAGGCGUGGCACGCUGAUGUAAUGUGAUGUCAUUAAGUCACAGAAUUCAAGGCGGGACUGCUGACGAGGAGAAGGAGGUGCUGUUGGUGUAGACUUUGGACUUUUUAACUUUCAAGACCUUUUACAUGCAAAAGAACCUAAAUAAAAUACUUAAGGAAGUAUGCAAAGGUGCAAAAAACCCAAAUAGGUCUCCUUUAACGCCAUGCUACUGUCUGUCAGCGAAUAUGCAGCUACGUCCAGCAGCAACUUAGCCUAGUCUAGCAAAAAGACUUAAUCCAGAUCUGCUCCAAAAUACACAGUGAUAGACAAUCAUUAGAUUCAUAAAGCAGCUAUAAUUUAAGUUACUGAAAAAAUAAAAGGAAAAUGCUCAAAAAUGCUUCAUAGAUAUUAUAUUAAGAAAUCACACAAAUAUGUUAUGACCAGGGUGUAACAUGAAAAUAAGACUCCCCUCUAAUCAGCUCCCAAGAGGCAAGAAAAGCCAUUAUGCAGCCAGUUUAAAGGUUUUAUUUAAAAAUACAGAAACUUAAAUUACUGAAGUGGAGAGAGGAGAGCCCACCGGCCUUUAAACUGCUGAUUAGGAGGCUGGAGCCAACACGUUAAAGACUGUUUAAACAAGUUUUUCAUCUGAGCCUCAAUGUCGGACUGAAAAUAAGUCCUUAAGUCCUAAAUUCUCUGUUUUAAUUCUCAGUUCAUCCUGUUUAAGUUAAUAGCUUUCAGCAACACAGGAAAUGAACAGCUUAGUUGCCCUGACGAGGACAGUAGCAGUUAUUAUUGUGGUGACUUCUAGACAAAAAAAAAAAAAAAAAAAUGUGACAAAGCUUGUGUCGUAUGUGACAUGUAUUGCAUAAUGAUUAGGAAAAAGUAUACUCGAUGUAGGCAGUAGUUAACAGGCUAGCUAUUACUUAAAGAUAGAUAUUCUGCUUCAAACUACUUACAGUCCAUUUGUCAUAUAAAAAGUGCAGUACCUUUAAAAUACAAAAACUCAAUCCUCUCUUAAAGGAGCUUAAAUGUUAAUGUUUCAAAGUGGAAGCCGUUGUGUCCUGCAGCUAGGAGCGCUUUGUCCAGGUAUAUUGUGAACAUAUGACGGUAACUAGUUUCAUGUUUUAAAACAAGCUCUCUAAUCACUGGUGAAACGUGGACAACUUAGUUCGAUAUUAUUCGCAGAGUCUCCUGCAGUGUUACAGUGACAGUACAAUCACUUCUGGGUGUGUAUGUGACGUUGUUGACCCGCUGUAUCUGGGUCAUGUGUCCAUCCUGUUGUAUUUCCCAGAGUGCAGUGUUAGAAGGCCUGCAUGCUGCCUGUCGUUGUGAGUCGCAUUAAGCUGUCUUGUGAAAAUAUUCAGAAUAACUUGUUCGCUGCUGUCUUUGUUCCUGUUUUAUAACCCUGUGAUACAGAAAACAUUGUUUCUACCAAAGUGUUCAAAUAGCCUCUCUCUUAUGUGCCUCAAUAAAGUUUUGACAAAGGAAAACCAAAUGAUUAUCAACUGUCUCCAUGUCUCUCAACAGCUUUUACUCAAGUAGGGCUAUAAAUCCCCAAAAAUCUCUGGCUGAAAUAGAAGUACUCAUUCAACUCCUUUACUCAAGUAAAAGUAGUACAGGCUCUGAAAUGUUCUCAAAGUAUAAUAAUAGUUGAUGAAUAUAAUUCCCAAGAUCAAUACUGAUAUUUUGGGUUAAUCAGUAAUAGAAAAUUAAUAAAAAUUGCAUGAAAUUUGUCACUAGAAAACCAGUAUGAGGAUCACAGGACUAUUAAAGACUUAAUACAUUUUUAUGUGUUUAUACAUUUUAUUCUAUUUCAUUGUAAAAUGGGACGUAAGUUAAGUCAAAUUUAACAGCAUAGUCAUAUUUUCUAUUUGAGCUCUUACUAACUCAGCAGUCACUUGUCAAAUGUUAGGAAAACUGUUUAUUCGUAUAGCCAUUUAAACAGCAAACACAAAAUACAUUAGGUGACAGAAAACUGUAACAUGUUGACGUGAGAAUAUGCAACAUGAUUCGAUUCAAAUGAUUCAUCUCAUGAUAAUUACAAAGCUGAAAUCUGAGUAGAAACUGUUGUGCUGACAAACUUCUUAUGAAUAAUAUUAAGACAUGACAUUUUAUUUAUAGUAAUUGUUAUCAUAUAACACUGUAUAAAGGCUGAAAUGGAGUAUGUU